CUGCAGCUUCUAGGACCCAGUUUCUUUUACUGAUUUAAAAAACAAAAUGAACAAAAAAAAAUAAUAAUAAAAAAGUUGUGCCUGAAAUGAAUCCUGUUUUUUUUAAUAAGUAGCCCCCUGGUUCCAGUGCCCUGUUCAGUACAGGCACUUGAUCCUUGGUGUAGCUUCUGUUCAACUUUGUAUCACGGGAACAGAUUGGCCUGAUUUCUCGGCCUUCAUCUUGAAUUGGCCCCAAACAGGGUCCCUGGCAAGUGGAGUGAAGGCUUUUUGUCAAAAGAUGACAAGGGUCAGCUCAGGGGAUGUCGGGGAGGGCGCUUUCAUCUUCCCCGUUGUCAUUUGAGGUUUUGAACUCUGGGUUAAGAGGCCGUUUAUCUUUGUAAACACAAAACAUUUUUGCUUUCUCCGGUUUUAUGUUAAUGGCGAAAGAAUGGAAGCGAAUAAAGUUUUACUGAUUUUUGAGACACUAGCACCUAGCGCUUUCAUUAUUGAAAUGCGGGCGGGGCGGGGCGGGGCGGGGCGGGACUGGACUGGGUGCGGCCUGCUGCAGACUCUUAAAUCGUUGGCCCACGUGGCUGGGGCGGGGACUUGGGCGUCUUGGGCGCCUGGUGAUUACGUAGCGGGCGGGGCCGGAAGUGCCGCUCCCGGUGGGGGCUGUUCAUGGCGGUUUCGGGGUCUCCAACAGCUCAGGUUGAAGUCCAAAAGCCUGCCGAGGUGGGGUCUGCGGAGUUUUGAGGUUUUUGCUGGUGUGAAAUGACUGAGUACAAACUGGUGGUGGUUGGAGCAGGUGGUGUUGGGAAAAGUGCUUUGACAAUCCAGCUAAUCCAGAACCACUUUGUGGAUGAAUAUGAUCCCACCAUAGAGGAUUCUUACCGAAAACAAGUGGUGAUUGACGGUGAGACCUGUCUGCUGGACAUACUGGAUACAGCUGGACAAGAGGAGUACAGUGCCAUGAGAGACCAAUACAUGAGGACAGGCGAAGGGUUCCUCUGUGUAUUUGCCAUCAAUAAUAGCAAGUCGUUUGCAGAUAUUAACCUCUACAGGGAGCAGAUAAAGCGUGUGAAAGACUCUGAUGAUGUACCCAUGGUGCUGGUAGGGAACAAGUGUGACUUGCCAACAAGGACAGUUGACACAAAGCAGGCCCAUGAGCUGGCCAAGAGUUACGGAAUUCCAUUCAUUGAAACCUCAGCCAAGACCCGACAGGGUGUGGAGGAUGCCUUUUACACACUGGUAAGGGAGAUACGCCAGUACCGAAUGAGAAGACUUAACAGCAGUGAUGAUGGCACUCAAGGUUGUAUGGGGCUGCCCUGUGUAGUGAUGUAGGAAGACCCUUUUAAAGUUCUGUCAUCAAAAAAGAGCCACUUUCAAGCUGCACUGAUGCCCUGGUUCUGACAUCCCUGGAGGAGACGUGUUCCUGCUGCUCCCUGCAUCUCAGAGAAGCUCCUGCUUUCUGCUUCCCCCACUCAGUUACUGAGCACAGCCAUCUAACCUGAGACCUCUUCAGAAUAACUACCUCCUCACUUGGCUGUCUGACCAGAGAAAUGGACCUGUUUCUCCCCAGUAGUUCUCUGCCCUGAGUUUCCCCUAGAAACAAACACACCUGCCAGCUGGCUUUGUCCUCUGAAAAGCAGUUUACAUUGAUGCAGAGAACCAAACUAUAGACAUGCAAUUCUGUUGACAAUAGUUUUUUAAGCUCUAAGGUAACAACUGCUAGUGAUUUCCCUCCUGCCCCCAACUGUUGAACUUGGCCUUGUUAGUUUGGGGAAAAAUGUCAUAAAUUAUUCUCUUCCCAAGAAUAUAAUUAAUGUUGCUGAUUGAUUAAUUUGUAAUGUGAUCAGCUAUAUUCUAUAAACUGGCAUCUGCUCUGUAUUCAUAAACGCAAACAUGAAUACUCUCAACUGCAUGCAAUUAAAUUCAACAUUCACAACAAAGUGCCUUUUUCCUAAAAGUGCUCUGUAGGCUUCCAUUAGUUUGUCAUUGGAAAAGAUGUUUCAAGAACCAUUGUAUAGGGAAGUGACUAUGAGCCAUCCACCUUUGAGGGGAAGGUGUGUCUAUCUGAUGGCAGAUGCUUUGUCUAUGUACUUGUUCCCUGUUUGGGGUUCUCCCAGGAGAAAGAUGGAACUGAAACAAUUACGAGUAAUUUCAUUUAAUUCUAGCUAAUCUUUUUUUUUUUUUUUUGGUAGAUUACCACCUAUAAAUAUUUGUAAUUUCUUCUAGCUUACUGAUAAUCUAAUAAUCAACAAGCUUCCAUUAUAAUAAAUUGGUUCAUACCAGGAAGCCCUCCAUUUAUAGUUAGUCAGUUACUGUAAAAAUUGGCAUGUUAUUACUUUUUGGCUGUGAUUAAUGAUUCUUCAAACCUUAAAUAUAGUUAUUAGUAGGCAGGUUAUAUCUUUGCUGCAUAGCUUCUUUAUGGAAUAUAUAUGGGGAGAGAUUGGCCCUCAGUUCCCUUCUCAGCAUCCCUCUUCUCUCAGCCUAGAACAGUUCGAGCAUCCUAUAGGGGCUUGAAUAAUUAUCUCAGUUGAAUAAACCAUGGUGCUAAUGGACCAGGUCAGAGUUUCAAAACUUGAACAAGCCAGUUAGCAUCACAUAGGAAAUAGUUAUCCAUAUUUGCUCCCUACCUGUUAUUCCUGCUUAUAGACUUUUGCCUGAUGCCUGCUGUUAGCGCUAUAAGGAUAAAACUUAGGUGGCUCUGUACCGGGAAUGGAAAUACCUGGUGAGCUUUGGGGUAAGCCUAGAUAUCUUUACAUUUUCAGACCUUUAUUUUUAGCCACAUGGAAACUGAAGCCAGAGUUCAUACCUCCAACUCUCCCCCCAUUAGAUUAAUGUUCUUUAAUCAGUAUACCUUUUUAAAAAUAUUUAAAACAUGUCUAUAAGUUAGGCUGCCAGCUAACAACAGCUGAUGUGUUUGUUCAAAUAAAGAGGUAUCCUUUGCUACUUGAGAAAAGAAUGUAAAAUGCCAUUAAUUGUUGUCAUGUAGAGGCUUGAUAUUUGUGGUAAUGCCGUCAUAAUCCAUUGGUGGGUUUUGUUUGUCAUGUAAUACUUAAGCUAUAACUCAGCUCAUUAAUUCUAAUGAAAACAUAAAUUGGAUACCUUGAUUGAAAAAAGCAAACCUAAUUCCAAAAUGGCCAUUUUCUCUUCUGAUUUUGUAAUACCUAAAAAUCUGAGGUCCUUGGGAUUCUUUUGUUUAUAACAUGAUCUUGCUGUGUAGUCCUGGCUGGCCUCAAACUCACAGCUCUUCCUGGAUCAGUCUCCCAAGUGCUAGGAUUACAGGCACAGUUCACCACACACCUGGCAGAUCUAGUUUCUAAUGAAUUCUCAUUAAGCAAAUUCCCCAUCACCUUGAAACUAAUCUGAAGAGGGAAGAAACAUGCUGUGCUCCUCAGUGCUAAUGCUGGGAUCAUGCACAUGGGGCUUGUAUUCCUAAGCAAACUGCUGCCUUUUACAACAUGGCUCAAUCAUCUUCCUGAAGCUGCUGAGGCCAACACUUGGUCUUGUUCUGUUUUAAUGUGUCUGUAUGACUGGUGGUGGAUCUCUAAAAAAAGCUUAUUAAACUCCAAUUAAGGAGAAAGUUAUGCCCCUUGGCCCUUCUGACCAUGUCGUGUGUGUGUGUGUGUGUGUGUGUGUGUGUGUGUGUACAUAUAUGUGUAUGUAUGUAUAUCUAUAGGUGAUCUCCAGUAUGUUCUAAACACAGAAACAAAUGGAGCCAAUUCAGGCUUCGGAUGCCCUUAGUAGCAUAUAAUUCCCACAGGGUGUGAGUUUUGGCACAACAGUGACAAACUUAAAAGCCAAGUAAGUCCAGUUGGUGUGGUAUCAAAGUGUUUUUAGAGAGAGUAAUUAGUGAAGAUCUGGUUUACCUCAAAGUCACGAAGCCUCUCUUCCUGAAUUAGGUGCCUGGCCCGCUGUCACAGAUUAACAUGUUCCCAUAAGGCGGUUGGUUGAAGCUUUGUUCACACAUUGGAGAGUAUGAAAAUGAAGUGUUGUGUUUAAGAGCUCUGAGACUGAAUCUUUGUAAACCUGUUAAAUGCUGUUUGUUCCAGAACUUAGAGUGUGUGAGUUGGUAACUCAGUACUUGUUUACUAGUUCCGUAGGAUCUAGUGUGUGUACAGUGGAGGUGGGUUUGUUUUAGCCGGCCACCUGUAGAGUCAGCCUGUAAACUGCUGUGAACUUUGUCAUGACUUGAACAUGAAGAUAAACAAAAACCCUCUAAAGACAAAUGUUUGUUUUCCCCAUUACAGAAUGUGUGAGUUUAGUUUUCUCUUCCUUUGUGUUUAGUCACAAACUCUCAAGCUGGCAGCUACGACCAAGGAUCAGAAGGUGCGUCACCCCACCCCCACCCCCACCCCCCGGUAGAAUUAGCUCUGCUCAUUAUGAGAAGCAGAGUUAAUAAUGGAAAACAUUUUGCCUGGAUGGUUUCUGUUUAAAGGAGAGCGGUGAUAAUUCUUGAACAUUAGUUUUUAUUUUGCUAUUUCUUUAAGCUGUCUGAAGUGCCACAAAAUUAUUUUAAGGUAUUUGUGUUUUUAGAGUGUUCUCAUGAAAUUAGUUGUAGAUAUUUUUAAAAAUACAACUGGUUUUUAAAAAUCUGAGUAUUGCUCUAAACAAGUGUUUAAACUCUGGAGAGAAGGGAAGGUGGAUGGAAGUUGUUUGGCUUUUGUAUUUCCGUGCCGUCAAAUAUAGGUCAGAAGGUCAUCUGUGCAAUCCUGCUGUUUAAAGAACGAUUGGCCUCUGUGGCCCUCAGGAAGGGGCUGAUAUUUUAAGUUGACUGUUUUAUUGUAAAUUAAUCCAUUCUAAUUUUUAAAGACUUGAUUGACUGUUCCUUGUUAAAUAAUUUUAAAAAAUAAAAAAACUGGAAGUUCUUUGCUUAA